AACCUUUCUAGGACGCGAUGCGCCACCCUUUCUAAGCGGUCCGCUGGUGAGAAUACUGAUCGUUUACGUUGUGUGAGCCGAACCCAGCGGUCGGAGUCGGAGAGGGAGGCGGAGUGAUGUCCGGGUUCAGUGCCGAGCUCAUCGACUACCUCGAGGGGAGAAUCACGUUUGAGGAGUUUGACCGGCGGAGAGAGGAGCGAGAAACAAAUCAAGCGGAGAGAGAGGCUUUAUGUGACGAUGGGGACGAAGACGACGCUCAGCCCUCCACCUCUUGUCAGAGCCUGGUCAAACAAGAUGCCACAGAAGAUGAAGUAAGUCCACUGGUGAAGCAGGCAUUUGCCUCCAUACUGGGAGAGGAGACAGAACAACUUUCCUCUAAGGAAGAUGAAGAGGAGGACUCUUUGAGCUACAUCGAUGAUGAAGAUGACAAGGAUUUCAAGGUUGAGGCGGUGAAGUUUAAGGAGAAGAGGCGUGGAAAGAGGGGAAGGGGAAGACGGAAGGAAGUGAAGGAGCAAGAGGGGGAGCAGGAGCCAGAGAACGUGACAGUGGGGGAGGUGUUCGCCCUGGAAAUGGAGUUGAACCGGGAGAACAAGAAGAUGAUGAAGGAGCGUCGCCACCGCAGUAAGCUGACCAGAGCUCUCAGGGGUCUGAUGGGGGAGGCCAACAUCCGUUACGCUAGAGGAGAGAAAGAGGACGCCAUCUUGAUGUGUAUGGAGAUCAUAAGACAGGCUCCCCUGGCCUAUGAGCCCUUCUCCACCCUGGCCAUGAUCUACGAGGAUGACGAGGACAUGGAGAAGGCUCUGCAGUUCGGUCUGAUAGCAGCCCAUCUCAACCCCUCCGACUGUGACGAGUGGGUCAAACUGGCUGAGAUCUCUCUGGAGCGAGGGAAUGUGCGGCAGGCUGUGGUCUGUUACAGCAAAGCCAUUAAGUACGACCCCACCAACGUCAGCUACCUGUGGGAGCGCUCCAGUCUCUACAUGCAGUUGGGGGAACACAAGCAGUGCAUGGAUGGUUACCGCAAGAUCCUGUCCCUGCUGCCCCUGGAGGAAGGGCAGCACUUCAUGCAGCUUUCCAAAGACAUGGCCAAGAGUUACUAUGAGAGUAAUGACUUGACCUCAGCGCUGGGUGUGCUGGAGGAUGCCCUGUCGCGACAUCCCGACCUGGUGAGUGACGAGCUUGUCAACAUGGCUGCCGAGCUCUACAUCGCUAACCACCAACACAACAAGGCUCUACAGGUCUUAGUCCAGUUUUCUGGUAUAGUUCUUGUGAGAGACGAGCCCAAAUCAGACUCCGCAAUGCCAACAGAGGAGCAGAGACGGGAGGACAAGACGGGGGAGGAGAAAGAGAAGAGCGAAGGGGAAACUGACUCGAAGACGCCAGCUGAGAAGACGGUGGAGGAGCUUGGUGAAAUAAAGGAAGUAAUAGUGCCAGACAACGUCCCAGUGGACAUCAGAGCCAAGUUAAUGGUCUGCCUCAUACACCAGCAUGUCUACAACCCCCUGGAGGAGAUGCUGAGAUCGCUGAUGCAGCAGAGUCCAGAGGAGGUGGGUGAUCUGCACCUGGAUGUUGCUGAAGGCCUUCUGGAGGAGGGCAAGUAUAGCGCCGCUCUGCCCCUGCUGGCUGCCCUGGUCAACUCCACGAAAUACAACCUGGCUGUGGUCUGGCUUAGACACGCAGAGUGUCUGAAGGCGCUGGGGAGGCUGGAGGCUGCAGCAGAUAGUUACACCAAGGUAGUGGAGAUGGCUCCCCAGCACUUGGAGGCUCGGCUGUCCCUGUCCACCCUCCAGCAACAGCUAGGCCGGCCGCAUUGUGCCCUGAAAGCCCUGGAGCCCAUGUACAACACCGAGACACUGGCCCUAGACUCUUCAGCUGCACAGAAGGAAUUAAAGUUGCUGCUACAUCGCUCAACCCUGUUAAAGACCCAGGGUCGACUACAGGACUAUCUGGACUCUGUGAUCACUAUGCUCUCCAUGCUACUUAAGGUGGCGAUGCACCGUGCCAAGGUGUGUGCACGCUCUCUUCUUGUGUCAGGGGAGCGUCACAUACGACUGGUCAAGGUCAAGGACAUGCAGCUGGAAAUCACUGACCAGGAAGCUGCAUACCAGGACAUUAGUGGAAAGACCAGUGUGUUGUCACGGGAGGAGUGGUGGCAACUCCUGGUGACCUGCUUGCACACAAUGUCUGAGGUGCACCGCUACGCGGAGGCAGAGCUCCUGGUCGACUCAGCCAUGGAGUUCUACUCCUUCUAUGAGAACAAGCCCAAGCGGAAGGAGCUGGAGUUCUUUGGCCUGUCCGCCACCCUCCUGGACCACAACCACCGCAAGGCCUAUGACUACCUCCGAGUGAUGCUGAUUGACAAUGUGGAGCUGCCUCAGCUUUGGAAUAUUUUCAAUCAGAUCACAUUAAACUCUCAGCACCAACGUCACCAUCGCUUCUGCCUGCGGCUGAUGUUGAAGAAUCCCGACAACCACGCCCUGUGUGUCCUCUGUGGUCACAACGCCAUGGUGUCUGGAAGCUUCAAACAUGCUCUGGGCCAAUAUGUGCAGGCCUUCAGGACCCAUCCCAGUAGCCCACUCUACUGCCUCUGUAUUGGACUCACCUUUUUCCAUAUGGCAUCACAGAAGUUUGUUUCCAGACGACAUCAGCUGAUACUGCAGGGUUUCUCCUUCCUUUGGCGGUACGUGGAGUUUCGUGGAGAAUGCCAGGAGAGCAUGUAUAACCUGGGCAGAGCCCUGCACCAGAUGGGCCUGACCUACUUGGCCAUACACUACUACCAAAAAGCUCUGGCGCUGCAGCCACUCACACUGGAGGGUAUACCUAAUGACCAGGUGGAUCUGGGUAGAGAGAUAGCUUUCAACCUUUCCCUCAUCUACCAGGCGAGCGGUAACAUGGAUAUGGCCCGCCAGCUCAUCAACAAACACUGUAUUGUCUGAACUCACAUGCACACAUUAAACAUACGCACAAUUGUCAUCACUGGCGUUUUGUGUAGAAUGUUUUCCAAAUACUGUGGGUAAAUGUAGGCUGUGACACCCAGGUUUGUUCUCAAACCCAGGCUAAACGAAUGGCGCGCUGUGUUUUGUUUUAUUUAAUGAAUGUUUUGAGCAAAACGAACGCACCGCACGCUGUUACCACUUGAAACACAAAUCUGAAAGACAAUACUAGAUUUAAAAACUGGUAAGAAUGUUCCAAGUUGGAAAACAAUUCGUUUCCCCCCAAUAUUACUGUGAACGUUAUCAUUUAGUCAUUUAUUUCUGUAGAAUUUUGUCUGCAGUUCUAAUGAACACCCACUCACAACCUAAUUUUCAAA